AUCUGACGAGUAAUAACUUGACUCCAUUUUGUAAAAUCCAAUUGGAUUCGUUUGUACAUUGACGUUGCAUCAGGUAUCCUUGCAAAUAAUGCGAUAUGUAUACGAAUGAUCGACGAAAGACGAAAACAGUUAGAUAAGCUAGAAGCCAAACGGUGUUUGGGAUUGAGAAAUUGUUGAUCCAGCAUGUGAAUCGUGGCUUAAUGAUGUUAUCUUUGAAGUGUGCGAGAAAUUCUAAUUCUACGGUUUUACUUAACCUCCUCCUGAAGAAUCGUUACUCGAGGCGUAGCGAUAAGAGUGCGAGCACGUACAAAGUUGUCAAAUCGCAGACUGAUAAUUUAGACGAUGUGGACGGUGCUGUACUUGGAAUAAACUCCAAUUGGGAAUUACUAACACCAAGAGGCUUUCGGUUUUAUCUACCAGGAAGUGUUGGUCCUGGAUGGUUAGAUGCAACUACCACUGUACAAGUGAGAACGCAGCUAGACGAUAUUUGUGGUAAUAAUGAAUGGGUCACAGUUGAGUACGAUGGUAAACCACCUCAAAGUCAAAGGAGUCGUCUGAAGGGCAAUACCCAACGAUCGAUGCUUCGAUGCGUUGCUCAAGAAUGUCCUUUAUUGUUGCGGAAAGGUAUAGAAGAACUCUUUCCUGGAUGCCUGGAUGUCGGCUCGCCGCAACUCACUAUAGUUAGUAUUUGUCAAAAAACUAGUGCAAAGUCCAGAUGGAGUCAAGAAAUAGAAACGGAAGAGCUAGCCAAAUGCUUUGUGCUAGCCGCUUCGGAUAUUUGUUCGAAAUUAAAAAUGAUCGGAUACUGGGCUGAUUUUAUCAAUCCAUUCAGUGGACAACCAUACUUGAAUUUGCAAAAGAAUAGCAGUCUUUACAAGACGGAUGAACGAUUUCGUUGUUUAGGAUUUAAAAUACUACAUAAAAACAAUUGCAAAGUUAUUUUAUAUGAUAAUAACGUUAAAACUUUUAUAGGGAGUCUCUAUACUACGGCACCGGCAAGUACAGCGUAUUUGAAAGAAAUUCUACACGACUGCGAGCUUGUAGAUGUUAACGAAGCCUAAUAAAGAGGAGAUUAUCGAUACAAUGUACAUACGUUUGGUUGUUAUAUCGGUGCUUUGAGUUGACACAGAUGUAGCAUAUAUUUUUGGGUAAUCCUGUGUAAAUUCUCAAAGGAAAGAUAGAUACAAAUAAUGGUA